GAUCACAAACUCAAAAAGCAAAAGAGAAACUUCGACAAUUUUUACACGAAGUGAGUGACUGGAGGCCGUGGCCGCUGAGGCAUAGUGCACAGAUGAACGGUCUCUAUCUCGCACCCUCCCUGCCAUCCUCCAAGCGCUCUACUGAUAAGGAAUGUUUGUACACUGACUCACAAGAACGUUUCCAAAACUGCGAAGCCAACGAGGUGCGGGCAAGAGUGGAGCGCGAGUGAAUGGGGCAUGGCUCCCGUACCAUCGGUACCAUCACCAGUGUCGGAGGUGCUUGCAAACUUGGUCAUGUGAAUAAUACACGCCUCGUGCUAAUUUGUCUUCUCUCGGGACAAAGGUCGACACGGCAUCGGCGUUAGCAGCAGCUUCGAAAGUAGUAUGAUCUGACCGACGAGACGAUGUCGCAUUUCGGAUACGUUCCGGUCUUCUACGUCAAGCAGCUCGACGCCCCGAGCCAAGACUUCAAGAAUCGCUUGCUCACGACGCUUCAAAGUGCCAUCAGACAGGUGCAGGAUGUUGCCGAUGCAUCCGCGGAUGAAGGUUUGAGUGAGGAUUCAGCCGAGGCGUGUUCUUUGUGCGAACAACUGGACAAGGUCUUUCUUUACGGCUUGCAGCAGCCGGAGUGGGGCUACUGGCCAUGGGUUCGAAAGUUCACCCACGAAGAGAGUGUGCAGGAGAUAUCCUCGCUGUCCAACGUCUCCACGGGGCUGGGCCAGGGGCGUGCCUGGCUCUUUGCUUCCCUCAACGCGGCCCUUCUCGAGGGCUACAUGCGCUCCUUUGCUCAGAAUCAGAAGCUACUCAAGAAAGGUUACUCCACCGACUCCUUUCUCAGAGAUGUUGAGAGUCUAGAGCUGCUGGCAACUAUGGUGUCUGGACUUGAAUUCAUUCCUUUCCAGCUGAACCAGAACAAUUCACACCUUGACGAUACCAGUGCUUGGUCCAGGCUGGGGAAUGGGAGGUUCCUGCUGACCCAAAACUCCGGUUCCUUCUGUGGCUCCCAGGUCGUCGAACUAACUCCGGGUGUUUCCUCGUUGACCCUCUCAUCGGCGGACGGCUCCUCGGGCGACUCCCACGACGACGGCGAGGACUCCGGCAUCCUGAGCGCGCACGUGUCCUCCACGACGCUGGCUUCGCUGGCAUCGCCCGCGGAAGAAGUGCACAUCCCCGAAACCUGCGGCUGCACGGACUGCGCGACAUUCCUCAACGACGAGCGGAUAAGACGUAUCAUCAGCCUCGAAGCAGACUACACUGACCUGGAAGUGAUCAGAGCUCCGAGAAGCCGACGGAAAAAGGGCAGCGAGCCCUCAGCGUCGGAUGGGUCCUCGGCCGUCAGUGUGAUUGUCGGUAGUGCAACGAGUGCAGGUUUUUGUGAUUCGUCGGGUGACUGCAGUGGUGCGAUCGAAAUUGGAGCGGCGAAUCCUUCCGGUGAGCUGACCCCCCAAAAUAGUGGGGACCAAGCAAGUUUGACGAGAGAGGGCGAUUCGACCGGUGUGUUUGGUACUCAGGAGGGCAUAAGAGAUGUCCCCGAAGAGCAGGUGGAUUCUGGAGCCUUGUUGGAGGCCGUGGGCGGAGUUGGCGGGUCGGAAAACUCGGAUGGUCCGGCUUUGGAGGAGGAUGAGGCCUCAAUUUAUGACGGCAGAGGAGAAACUGCGACGGCCUGUGCGGUGCAAGAAGAGCAACUCGGGAAGGAGUCUAGCUCUGGUGACGUCGAUCGACCCGAGCUCGUUGAAGAUGUCCGGGAGGAAGAUCUGGCAUCAAUGCCGCGGCGGAAAAGCGGGGGGCUAGACCUCAAGGUUGAAAACAAUUCACUUCUCUUCCUGGUGCUGGAAAUCUUCGAAGCCGACGAUGAAAAGCUUUAUAAGAUGUUCCUGUCGUGGAAGCGGUACGACGGGGCUGGACGGUUGCAGCCCGUGUUCUUGCUCCUCUCGACCAGGAACCUCUACUUACUCUCCCCGGGCGGGGAAGGGGGACCGAGAUUCGUCAAGGACUCUGUGGUGCCUCUGCACAAUGUCGGGCUGAUCAAUGUUUAUCUAAACUACCAGGGAUUUUCAUUGACGACAGUGAAUGGAGCCAGGAUGGAAAUAGCAACGGGUCGCGCUGAACUAACAAGGAACAUCAUUUCUAGUCUGGAUUUGGCCGUACGAAGAACCCACAGAAAUGGCAAGAAUCUUCUGUCCGUCCUCACAAACUGCUCCUCCCAGUUGACUUCCCUUCAGCAUCUCCUGGCUGAUGAAUUCAAAGUUCCGGUGGAAGAGGUGCUGGUAAAGGACUAUCGCCUGGUCCACUGGGAAAUCGACACGCACCCUGAAGCGGGAGAGUUGUCUCCGGCAGGAGCCACACGGUCUGGUCCACUCAUGUGGAGGUUCCUCGAGAACCGGUCGAAGAAGGAGAAGAAGAAGCAGUGGGAAAGCAGCUACUUCUUGCUCAGGGCGGGAGUCUUGUACAGGUUCAGGUGCCCCGAGGACACAAUAGCAAGCUCCAGCUACCUCAUCAGCUCGUCGGGCUGCGGGGCGUCCCAGCCUGCCACGGAGGCGGGCAGGCCCCACACCCUGCAGCUGAACCUUGGCCCUAAGGGGGCCUGCCUGCAGCUGGCAGCCUCCAAUCAGGCCGACCUGGAGCUAUGGGCCAAGGCUUUUCGACGGGCGGCGCAGCACCUCGGGCGUCCGGCCGACCAGGGGGGCCUCGUGGCCUGCUGCCUGGUCCUGGUGGGCGACCUCGUGCUGACCCUCGUCGAGGGCGGGAGGGUCCUGGGUCGCGGAGGGGUUGUCGAUAUUGGCCUGGUGCACAGCGAGGACGUCUUCUGCGUGCUGGAGUUUGAGAGCGGAGAGGCGGAGAGCUGUUGUUUCAACUGGAUACUCUGGUUCUCCACUGAGGAAGAGAAGAAGGAGUUCCUGGCUGUCAUCUCCUCCUCGUGGCAGGACAUAUUCAAAGUUUCGCUCGACAUCACGCACCUGAAGAACAACAACCUCAAAAGUCACUGCCUCGAACGAGCGGCGGAGCUUUCGGCGCGGAUCAGCGAGCUGCAGGCUCUCUGCCUGGACGUCUGAUGCAAAGAGCCGUGGCCCCAGGCCACCCACGACAAAGCCAUCCGGUUGGCAUGACAAACAAAGUGGAGGCAGUUAGAGAGUUGUUGCGCUGUUUUGGGGAGGCUGUUUCUAAUCUACCCGUUUCAGUUGCAUUUGAAUAUCUGUAAACGGCGCCAAAGUCUGUGCUGUUUGGCUGUGAUAAUGGGACGAUGAAUUGGAAUUUGUGGCAUCUAGUGUUGAUUUGGAAGUUCUGCAGGAUGCUAGAAUGGCUGCUUCUGUCAUUUUUGCGUAGGACAAGACGGGUGCGGGUGGUUUGAUUCGGCGGGUGGCCGCCUUUCGGCGCCAUGCAUUGCGUGCAAUGACUGCGUUGUGCAGCUAGAGUUAAGCCAUUUUUUAAGGUUGAAUGAAUGAACGCGACGCAUACUUCUGGCUCCUAUUUUCGGUUGGCAACCGUAGCUAGUCAUCCUUGAAUUCGCACAUAGAUGUUUUGAUGUUGUUUUGUGUGCAUUGACUGCCAAAGAAUUCUUUUGCUUGUGUUGAAUAUUUUGUUUUUAGCAUGUCAGGAUGAAUGUGCUCACAUGUGCACUGUCCUAAUCACAUUUCUCAUAAGACCUAAAACGAAAUCAAAGUGACACUUGUUGCAGAUACUGUUCUCAGAUUUUUCUGGAGUGUUUUUUUUUAGUUCUUCAGUAUCGGACAUUCUCAACAGAUUGCCCGGUAGGUUAAGAAGUUGUAACAACGAGUUGGUAAACCAUGCUGUCGUGCCUGGACAUAGCGCAAGUGAUAAUUGUUGGAACCGUUUUGCAAUGGUGGUUUAUUAGUUAUGGUACAGUUACACUAGCGAUGGACGUUUUAUGGCAUAUUUCAUUUUGGUUGUUGCUUUGAUUUUUGAUCAACAUAUGUACCACCUCUGUCAGGUUCCUUUCAGAUUCUUCAUUUUUUGACCAUUCUACUGAAUCUCGGGCUAAGUGUCUUACUGCUUCUUGUUCACAUCUAUUAUUUUUACGUGCAACAUUGAUUGGUGCAGAAACGCUCCGCUUUCUGUAUCUAUGUUUAUUCUAUAGGGGCAACACUGUAAAUAGUACUAGUACUAUCACUUUCUCUCUCCUUCUAAUUUUAAUAUAAUUAUCACUGGACAUGUAUGUGAUAUGUUUUCACAUUACAUCAGAUCUCAUUUCAUAUGUUUUAUGUAUAGUGAGCAACUAAGUUUCCUAAGGCUGCAGCUGUGAUACCAUUGGGUUGAUAUGCACAAAUGUCAUUGUGUGUAGGAUCGUUUGUGGUGCAAGCAAGCAAGCACAUCUUUAUGCAAUAACUCUUUAUAAAUCUUGCUUGUGUAGCUGACUUGAACAUGUGUAGCAAAGAUACGCUAUAAUAAAAACCUUCUUGCCUGAAAGA